UCAUCCUUUUUUGCGUUAAGCCAAAUUACAUUACUAAUAUUUAAUUUUUCUUUAUCUUUUGCUUUCUCUCUAUAGAAGUUCUUUGGAACUUCUAUCGCAGAGAAGCAAGAGAAAGGAGGAAAGUUGAGGCAUGGCCAAGGAGCAAAUUCAAGUGCUAAAUGCACUAGAUGUAGCAAAAACACAAUGGUACCAUUUCACAGCAAUCAUAAUAGCUGGAAUGGGAUUUUUCACGGAUGCAUAUGAUCUAUUCUGCAUUUCACUUGUGACAAAGCUUCUUGGUCGUAUAUAUUACCAUGUUGAUGGAGCUGAAAAGCCAGGGACAUUACCACCAAAUGUAUCAGCAGCAGUGAAUGGUGUGGCUUUCAUAGGAACACUUUCAGGACAACUCUUUUUCGGUUGGUUAGGGGACAAAUUAGGCCGAAAGAAAGUUUAUGGAAUGACAUUGAUGGUGAUGGUUCUUUGCUCUAUAGCUUCUGGUCUUUCAUUCGGUCGUGACCCAAAAACUGUAUUGGGAACUCUUUGUUUCUUUAGAUUCUGGCUUGGUUUUGGUAUUGGUGGUGAUUAUCCACUUUCCGCUACAAUUAUGUCUGAAUACUCAAACAAAAAGACACGUGGUGCUUUUAUAGCAGCUGUUUUUGCUAUGCAGGGUUUUGGAAUUUUAACAGGAGGUAUAUUUGCAAUCUUCAUUUCAACUGUGUUUAAGUCACGAUUCGAUGCACCAGCUUACAUGGUUGAUCCUUUGGCUUCAACUGUUCCUCAAGCUGAUUAUGUUUGGAGAAUUAUCUUAAUGUUUGGAGCAAUCCCAGCUGCAAUGACUUAUUACUCAAGGACUAAGAUGCCAGAAACAGCGCGUUACACCGCGCUUGUUGCUAAGAAUAUGGAACAAGCUGCAGCUGAUAUGUCUAAGGUUAUGAACAUGGAUAUUCAAGUUGAGCCUAAAAAUGUUGUUGAACAGAAAAAACAAUUUGGACUUUUCUCUAAAGAGUUUAUGUCACGUCAUGGUUUGCAUUUACUUGGAACAACAUCAACUUGGUUUUUGCUUGAUGUUGCAUUUUAUAGUCAAAAUCUUUUCCAAAAAGAUAUCUUUAGUGCUAUUGGUUGGAUACCAGCUGCAAAGACAAUGAAUGCACUUGAAGAGGUUUAUAGAAUUGCAAGAGCUCAAACACUUAUUGCUUUAUGCAGUACUGUUCCUGGUUACUGGUUCACAGUGGCAUUCAUUGAUAGAAUUGGAAGGUUCACUAUUCAAUUAAUGGGAUUCUUCUUCAUGACAGUUUUUAUGUUUGCACUUGCUAUUCCUUAUGAUUACUGGACACUUAAGGAAAAUAGAAUUGGUUUUGUGGUGCUUUAUUCACUAACAUUUUUCUUUGCAAACUUUGGUCCUAAUGCAACUACUUUUGUUGUUCCUGCUGAGAUUUUCCCAGCUAGAUUUAGAUCAACUUGUCAUGGAAUAUCAUCAGCAGCAGGGAAACUUGGAGCAAUGGUUGGUGCAUUUGGAUUUUUGUAUUUGGCACAGAAUCAAGAUCCUAGUAAAGCUGAUGCAGGGUACCCUCCUGGUAUUGGUGUCAGGAAUUCAUUGAUUGUGUUAGGUUUUGUUAACAUUUUGGGAUUCUGCUUUACUUUCUUGGUGCCUGAGGCUAAUGGAAAAUCCCUUGAAGAGAUGUCAGGUGAAGAAAUUGAAGAAACUGUUGAUACUUCUAAUCAUAAUAACAAAACCAAAAUGACGUCACAUCCUUAGCUUAUAUCAUCAUUUAAUUAAAGGAACAACUACGCUUUCUAAUUGGGAUAAUUAAGUACUUCUUUUGUUCUAAGAAUACUAACAAGUAUAGAUAUUUGAAUGUGUGUGUAAUAGUUGUAUAUUUUUGGCUUUUGGGUUAACAACGUGUAUUUCUUCCCCAUUUUUUUAAUUAGAUCACUAGAUUAUUUUGUAUAUUAUGUUAUAUCAAAUGUAAGGAAUAUUUGAACAGAUUGUCAUACAUGACCCUCAUUUUAUA